UAAGGCCCAUCCAUCUAUAUUGGGGCCCGAAUAAUAUCCACUCUAGCCCGGCCCAAUGAUUGCUUCCUUCUAAACAAAUAAAACAAACUGUGAAAAAAGCUCUCGCGCCCAUUUCCACUUGCAGCUGAACUUGGGUCGGGUCGGGUCGGGUCGGGUCAAAUUGAUUCGGGUCUGGUGCUAUCUGUUCCCCAUUAGCAUACAACGAUUCCCCCGUACUGCAAUCAAAUAGAAACCCUAUUCCACAAAAUUUCUCCCAAUUUUCCCCCAAAUCAAUUAGUUUCAACAAUAUCUCUCGCAAUUAGGUUUCUUCGCUGAUUACUGUGUAAGGGAAGUGGUGGGGCCACGUGGUAUGGUGGCAGGCAUAUAGAAGAAUAAUUGAGUGAACUGGGAGAUGAGUUGAUGCUAUGAGUAGACUCUCAUUUAGGCCUCGACCCCUUGACAUCAACAAGAAGCUCCCAAUCGUAAAAUCUUUUAAGGACUUCGAGGAUGACGAGGUCCCAACUUCUACUCGUAAUUCCCAGAUACUCCGACUUGUUGCAGAUGCUGAAAACGAGGUGCCGCAAGCACCUGGCAAGAAAAAUGCUUCGGAAAUACCUACUCCCGAGUUUGUCUAUGUGGACACAUAUGAAAGGGAUUAUUCUCGUACCUUCAGCCAACCAACGUCUUAUCUGCGUGCCAGGGGAGCACGGGCCGAAAUUGGAGAAUUUGUGGAGUACGAUCUCGAUAAUGAGGAUGAAGAUUGGCUUGAAGAAUUCAAUAAAGAAAGAAAUACUCUUGCUGCUGAAAAAUUAGAGACAAUUAUUUUCAAGUUAGAGGUUUUAGAUCAUAAGGCUCGUGAAAGAGCAGGAGUUAUUACUCCGACACUGGGCUCUCCUAUUCCGGUGCUUUUAACUUUUACUGCUGCUGUUGAGGCAUUACAAGCUUUUUCCAUCAAAUAUGGAGUUUUCCAGUCUAUUUAUAGUUACUGGAAGGAAAAGCGGGAACGAUGGCAAAAACCCAUUCUUCGACGUUUGCAGCCACCUCCACCAGUUAACGACACAAAUCCGUACAAUGUAUUCAGGCCAAGGGAGAAAGCUCACAGGCUUCACACUAGGAGGAUGCAAAGGAGGGAAAACAGUGUUCAAUCAUUUGAAAAGCUUCGCCAGGUCAGGCGCAAUCUUGAUCAGGCGAAGACCAUUCUUGAGGCUUUGAUCAAGAGAGAAGAGAAAAAACGAGAACUUGUGGAGAGUGAGGUGGCCCUCCAAAGAAUUCAAAUGCAAUACAAGAAUGAAACCGAUCUCCUUGAAGAUUCUUUAGCCUUGCCUGGAUUUCCAUCCUUUCCAAGCAAGGUUGGGUCAAGUGAAGAGGAGUACUUUGAUUCUGAUGACGUGGCAAACAGCCGUCCACACAGUCGACCAAUCAUGUUGCAAAAUCCACCUUUCACCGAUCCAAAAAUGGUGAUGGUUCCUACAGGAAACCCUAGGCGGGAGGUCAGAAGGCGUGUUCCUCAUAGUUGGCUUCACAAACUGGACCCGAACGAGCCAGUUCUGCUAUUCACAAAACCGCUAAUUCAAGAUAAAUUAGCUGCUGCUGGAAUAGUACCUCCUCAGUCAGAUUCUUCAACACCGAACGGCACUUCUGCUCGUUCGUUUAAUUUCCGUGGAAGAUUCGGCAGAGGAGGGAGAAUCAUUUUUGACAGGUGGAAUCCACUAAUGCAUGCUCCAAACGAUUUUGGUGACACUUUAUACGUACCACCUCAACCUCAACAUUCAGCACACCAUUAAUUGAUCUCUCUUGUAAUUUUGUCAUAAGUAUGUCUGGUAAUGAAAUCUGAAUCGAACUUGUCUGAAAAUUCCAACCUUUGGGCGAAUUAAAGAGACGAGAAUGUAGUGACACGAGAAUGGUGGAGGGGGUAAUUUGCUGACGAAUUAUGCUCGUUUCUUGUACGAUUAUAUCUGUUUUUGCCCUAGAUAUAGUUAAGGCAGAAAGAAAGAAAGAAACAGCUCUGUAUUUUAGAUCGAAAUGGACAAGUAAGUGUAACGGUGCUGUUGUAUAUGCUUAUUUAAGUUGAUGCGAUUUGUAUGAUUUUGUUUGUGUA